UGGAAAUCAGCGACACAGACACAGAGACAGAGAGACACUGCGACACCGCUGCUGAGUGACAUGAACACAUCCGUCUGAGACGCUUCCCACGCGUGAACCGCAGCUCACAGCAUGUCGACGCCAGAGGGAGGCGGCAGUCAGCGGGAUGAAGGGGAGUACGGAAGGGCGGCAAAGCGGCUGAAAACUGAGGAGCGGGAGGAGGGGGAAGAGGAGCUGGAGGAGCUGGAGGAGGGGGAGGAGGGCGAGGAGGGCGAGGAUUCGGACUCCUGCUCGCUGCACGGUAACGGAGAGGCAGCGGCGGACAGCCGGGCCCGGUGGAGCAGCAGCAGCAGCCAGUACGGAGCAGGACGGAGGGAUAAUGGUGAGGACUCUCAUCGCAUCUCUCCCAGUCCUGUGGUCCACGUCAGGGGUCUGUGUGAGGCCGUGGUGGAGGCAGACCUGAUCGAUGCUCUGGAGAAGUUUGGAGCCAUAUGUUAUGUGAUGAUGAUGCCGUUCAAGCGUCAGGCUCUGGUGGAGUUCUCUGCGGUGGAGAGCGCUGACCGCUGUGUGUCCUGCGGAGCCAAGGAGCCUGUAUACAUCGCAGGCCAACAGGCAUACUUUAAUUAUUCCACUUCCAAGAGAAUCACCAGGCCAACCAAUGCUGACAACCCCAACAGUGGCAACAAGGUCCUCCUGCUCUCCAUCCAGAAUCCUCUCUACCCUAUUACCACGGAUGUUCUGUACACAGUGUGUAAUCCCAUCGGCAGCGUGCUGAGGAUUGUCAUCUUCAAACGCAAUGGAAUCCAGGCCAUGGUGGAGUUUGAGUCAGUGCAGUGUGCUCAGAAGGCCAAAGCUGCACUGAAUGGAGCUGACAUUUACGCUGGCUGCUGUACACUCAAGAUUGAAUAUGCGAGGCCAACACGUCUGAAUGUGAUUAAGAAUGACAACGAGAGCUGGGACUACACUAAACCGUAUUUGGCCAGACGAGACCGUGGCAAGGGAAGGCAGAGACAAGCCAUCUUAGGAGAACACCCGUCAUCCUACAGUGAGAAUGGCUAUGGUGCACCCUGCCCCCUGCUGCCUCUGCCUGGCAACAGCAGGUAUAAGCUGUCAUCAGUGGAUGUUCCUGACAUGGUCUCCUACCCUCUGCCCCAGUCGUCCUCUUCAUACUCUGGCCACGCCCCUAGCUCUGUUGCUAUGGUGAGCGGCCUCCAUCCGUCCAAGAUGAACUGCACACGUAUUUUCAACCUCUUCUGUCUUUAUGGCAACAUUGAGAAGGUGAAGUUCAUGAAGAGUGUUCCAGGUACAGCACUGGUUGAGAUGGGAGAUGAGUAUGCUGUGGACAGAGCCAUCACACAUCUCAACAGCAUCAAGGUGUUUGGCAAGAGACUCAACGUCUGUGUGUCUAAACAGCACGCAGUGAUCCCCAGUCAGGUGUUUGAGUUAGAAGACGGCAGCAGCAGCUAUAAAGACUUUGCCAUGACCAGGAACAAUCGCUUCAGCAGCGCCGGACAGGUGUCCAAGAACAUCAUCCAGCCUCCGUCUGCAGUGCUGCACUAUUACAAUGUUCCUCCCUGCAUAUCACAGGACCAUUUACUAAGGCUGUGUAAAGAGCAUGAUGUGCCGGGCUUUGUCAAAUUCAAGAUGUUUGAUGCCAAACCCUCCUCUAAGACCAUCUCUGGCUUGUUGGAGUUUGACAAUAAGACGGAGGCUGUGGAGGUUCUUACUGUUCUCAAUCACUACCAGAUCAGGAUACCCAAUGGGUCUAACCCCUACACCCUGAAGCUGUGUUUCUCCACAUCGUCUCACCUUUAAUGAGCUGCAGAGCACAAGUAGAGGCUGCUGAGAGUCCACGAUGGCUGACCUCUGACCAGAGAGAGGGACAGGGACCACGGGCGACAGAUGGACAGAUGAGUGGAGCAGAGACAAACAAGAGGGGUGGUGAAUAAAGACAAUGAGAGAAGACACUGUCACUUUCUCCAACCUGAGCAUCAGCGUCACUUCCUGUUUCAUGUCACCAUCCAUCACAGACUGCUGACUGUGGGAUCUUCAUAUUGUCAUGUGGGACGUCUGGGGACACUGAGCACAUGUUUGCCCCACAAGUCUUUUGCUGGACCCAGACCCACAACAUGUGUGAAGACUCUGCUGUAAAAACCUGAGUCCAUGUCAGAUCAUUAGAAAUCACGAUCUGAUCACGGGGCAGAUGGAGACUGGUGUUAUAUUUGAAGUUUUUAAGAUUGAUAAAUGUAGUGUAUUGCUUUGAGUUGUCAUUGAAUUUACAUGGUGAAUUUUAAUAUUGGGGUUAGUUUACAUUUAGGUUUUUCUUAGUUUCACUGUCUAGUCAGUCAUUUGGCCCAAAGUAUCUCAAAGACUGACCAGUUGUUAAAUUUGCUGUAAAUAAUCCUAGUCCUCGGAGGGAUAAUCCGACCUUAUGCUGGCAUUUGCCCUUCAUGGCAGCAUAAGGUCGGGGUUUUCAAACUAAAGCUUCAGCUGUGACAUGCAGUACAUGCGCUCGUCAUCGCAGUGGAGGAUACAUGUCAGACUAUCAUUCCUGAUGUCACCAGUACAACCAGACAUGUAACAUAUGAAACCUUCAUAACAGUAACGUCAGAGCAAUGAAACAUUAGUGGACAACGCUCCGAUUCAAGAGGGGACGCGCUAAAGACGACCCGAGGUCUGGACGUCCUGCUAUUAUAGUGUCAUACAUGGAAAACAAAACAGCGUCAAUGGCAGUGCACCAGAACAUGUCAUUCAGUAAAGGUAAACAUAUCUACUAAGUCAUAAUUAUACUUUAAAUGCAUUUUAUAUUUGCACGUAUACUUUAAACCCCACAUCUAGUGAGGCUGUAGAAAUACACAGUUGUUCUUGUGCUUCAUGUGACGAGGGAUGAAGGCUUUGAGCGUUCUAGUUUAGUCUGCUGAGUCACUAUCAAUUCAAUGUGGAGAUACAUGGCAACAACAAUGUUCUCUCACAGAGUCUUAACAUGCAGGAUAGUCUCACUAUCAGCUUUUAUUUGACUUUUACACGUAUAAACAAGUCCAGUUCAACCACGUUAACAAACAUGGACAGAUGUGAACACAGUAGAAAAACCCCGUACGUCAAAGGUACCCCAGGAAAAAUACUCAUGUACUGUACCUCCAAAAUCAGGAAGGAAAUAACAUUGAAGGGCCUUUUGUUUUGUUAUAGCUAACAGCAUUUUAUUUGGUUAUUUUGGUUCUCAGACACACGUUUCAGGUAAGGUUCCUAUGAGCAAGAGCCUCUGUUGAAAGUCAUUAUUUUUAUUUGUAGUGUGGAGAUUUAAGAGCUCAGUUAAAAGACUCAAAAAGUUCUAAAACAACUAUACUAUAUUUCCCAGCCUGUGCCCUCAGACCAACUUAGCUACAACAUAAACCCACGUGUUAUCUCGUGCACUGUAGGACGCACAGCUCCUUCUGGAUGAAGGCACUUGUAAUAGAAUUUGUUGAGAAGCGUCUCAACGGAAGAAUCCCCUGAAAGCCUGUCCUUUAAGUGUUGUGCAACAGUUUGAUUCAAUGACACGGAGGCUUCGGACUCUUAUGUGUAUAUUUUGUGUCUUGCAGCACUUGAAUCUUUCUGUGUUUUCAUGAAGUUUUAUUUAUUUAUUUAUGAGUUUGGGAAGAAUGAGGGCUGGUGUCACUGCAGCCGAUGUGAGGAAUCGAAACACCUUUUAGCUAUCUUAUGGUUUUAAGCUGUAAAAAUGUCUUAUGUUGUUAUUAUUAUUAUUAUUAUUGGUCUUGUAAUCACCGAUGUACAGAACUACUAUAUUGUGCCAUUCAUUUAAGAGUCUGUGGUUGUAACUAACAUGUACAUGUUAAAAGUGAAUAAAUGGAAUUCCAAGUGGAAUUCAGCUACACAACUUAA